AUGUCUGACCUCGCGAGUCGCAUUACGAAACCUGACGAAGCGGUCAAGGCUGAGACUCAGCCCGAAGCUGAUGCUCCGGCCGCCGAUUCUUCUGUCGCUGAGGCACAGAAUGACGGUGCCAUUGAGGAGCUUGGUGGCUCUGGCCUGCAGGAGCCAGAGUGGGAUGUCGAGGUUUCCCUCAGCGAUCUUCAGAACAACGAAGCCACACCCUUUCACUCUGCCACGCAAUGGGAGGAUAUGGGCCUUUCCGAGGACCUCCUAAAGGGCCUUCUGGCUCUCAAAUUUUUGAAGCCUUCGAAAGUUCAGGGAAAAUCUCUUCCUCUGAUGCUUAGCGAUCCUCCGAGGAAUAUGAUGGCCCAAUCCCAAUCAGGAACUGGAAAGACCGCAGCGUUUGUUACUGCCAUUCUGUCGCGUGUCGAUUUCAACAACCCUGAUCAGCCGCAAGCCCUUGCCCUGGCACCCAGCCGAGAGCUGGCCCGUCAGAUUGAAGGCGUCAUUGGUGCUAUUGGUCGCUUCAUCAAGCCUCUCAAGGUUGCCGCGGCCAUUCCAGGUGCUUUGCCCCGUGACCAGCCAGUCCGAUCUGCAGUCAUUGUUGGAACACCCGGUACUGUCAUGGACGUCAUCCGACGAAGACAGUUGGAUGUCUCUCAACUCAAGGUUCUCGUCUUGGAUGAGGCCGACAAUAUGUUGGAUCAACAAGGAAUGGGCGACCAGUGCUUGAGAGUAAAGAAUAUGCUGCCCAAGUCUAUUCAAAUCCUUCUCUUCUCAGCCACUUUCCCCGACAAAGUUGGCUCAUAUGCGAUGAAGUUUGCACCAAACGCCCACUCACUGAAACUCCAGCGCAACGAACUUACGGUCAAGGGCAUUUCACAAAUGUUUAUUGACUGUGCUGACGACAAUAUCAAGUACGACGUUCUCUGCAAGCUCUACGGUCUUAUGACUAUUGGCCAGUCGGUCAUCUUUGUCAAGACCCGUGAAAGCGCCAACGAGAUUCAGAGACGCAUGGUAGCUGAUGGACACAAAGUUUCCGCCUUGCACGCUGCUUUCGAUGGAAAUGAAAGAGAUGAGCUGUUGGCUAAGUUCCGACAAGGCGAGAACAAGGUUCUCAUCACUACCAACGUCCUUGCCCGUGGUAUUGACGUGUCGACCGUUUCUAUGGUUAUCAACUACGAUAUUCCGAUGAAAGGCCGCGGCGAUUCUGAGCCAGAUGCUGAGACUUACCUCCACCGUAUUGGCCGAACUGGACGUUUCGGCCGUGUUGGAGUCAGUAUCAGCUUCGUCUACGACAAGAAGAGCUUCGAUGCCCUCAGCAGCAUUGCCAACACCUACGGCAUCGACCUUGUCCGUCUCGAUACUGAUGACUGGGACGAGGCAGAGGAGCGAGUCAAGGAGGUCAUCAAGAAGAACCGAGCUCAGGCUGCUUAUGCCCCGAGCGCUACGGACAACGCGGCCAAGGCACCCUAG